AAUGUAGGCUUAAACCAAGAAGAGGGAAGCAAGGCUGCUAAAAGAAUUUCAUUGUAGUGAAGGUUGUCCCUGCUCUCAAACAAGCCAAGCCAGCUUAACUCAGAAGGAUAAGAGCCCACUCACUCUAGCUUUUGAACAAAAGGGAAAAUAAUUCCUGCCUACCAAGAGUGAGACUAGACUAUCUAAGGAAAACACUUUGAACAAAUACCUACAGCAGAGGGAAAGCAACUGAUUAAAGAGCUGCUCCCCUCCUAGUGGCUUGGUUAAGAAGACUCAUUUUUUUCCAUCAAGUCCGCUGCACCCAUAAACAUAACUCAGCUAUAUCUCCUGUCGUGAAGGGAAGAGGACGUGGGAAGAAAGACCAUGUCAACAACCCUUUGCCAAAUGAUGGGGUUCAUCCUGUCUACCCUGGGAUUUGCAGGGUGCAUAGCUGCCACAGGGCUAGACACGUGGAGCACCCAGGACUUGUAUGACAACCCAGUAACAUCUGUGUUCCAGUAUGAAGGGCUUUGGAGGAGCUGUGUGAAGCAGAGCUCAGGUUUUACUGAGUGCCGGCCAUAUUACACUAUUCUUGGUCUUCCAGCUAUGUUGCAAGCUGUAAGAGCCCUAAUGAUUGUAGGCAUUGUCCUGGGUGUCAUUGGUCUUCUAGUAUCCAUCUUUGCCCUGAAAUGUAUUCGGAUUAGCAACAUGGAUGACAAUGCCAAGGCCAAGAUGACUCUGACCUCUGGAAUAAUGUUCAUUGUGUCAGGUAUUUGUGCUAUUGCUGGAGUGUCUGUUUUUGCAAACAUGCUGGUCACUAACUUCUGGAUGUCCACAGCUAACAUGUACUCAGGAAUGGGUGGGAUGGUACAGACAGUUCAGACCAGGUACACCUUUGGUGCUGCUCUCUUUGUUGGCUGGAUUGCUGGAAGCCUUGCUGUUAUUGGAGGCAUUAUAAUGUGCAUUGCUUGCCGUGGGCUAGCCCCAGAGGAAACCCAUUACAAGGCUGUGUCCUAUAAUGCCUCAGGUCACAAUGUUGCCUACAGGACAGGAGGCUACAAACCCAGCACUAUCUAUGAACCCAAAAUGAAAUCUAGAAAUGAAGAUGAGGCACAGUCACAUCCUUCCAAAUAUGACUAUGUCUAAAGAUCCAUUAUAUAGUUUGUGGAAUAAGAAAAUCACAUUGCAUGAGUACCAAGGAAAUUAUACACAGGCUUCCUUAUUUCUUUUAGCUGAAUUUAGUUGUUUGAAUAUUUGGAAGACAUUAAUUUCAUCUAUUGGUUGUCAUGCAGUAUGGUCUAGGAUAGUACAUUACAUGGUUCUCUAUUUACAAUUCCAUUACAGUGUAUUUUGUACAAAAGUUAUUAGGAGCAUUGGGAACAGUUAUGGUUUUUGCAUUCUGUUUUUUCUUUAAGUUUUUUUUUUCUAUUAUUUAGUUAUAGAAUGAGAUUCAGAUCUUUUCUGAAACCUUUGGUGUAUUAGCGUGCUUCCCCACUAAGCCAAUGGAAAAUACCCCACUUCUAACCAAAAGGAAUAAUUUUAACCAUGCAAAAAAGAGUAUUUUCUGCUACUUUCUCUCCAUUCAAAAGCCUUUAGUGUUUGGCUGUGACUAAAUAACAAAUAAUCAGUUAAGUGAAAAGGAGGAAGCAUUUGAACUUCCUUUGUUUCUUUCUCUAAAUCUUCUUGCAUUGUAGCUUUCAAAGUCAUUUGUGCUUUAUAAGAACAAAUUUUCCUGAAUCAAAAUGAUUUCAUAAUUUGAGAAGCUUUGAUUACCCUUUCUGCUAAGUGAUAAAGCUAGCCUUUUUCUCCUAGCACUUCAAAUCAGCUAGGAAAAUAUCUAAAAACUUCUCACAAGAGCUCUAACUAUCAUUUUUAAGAAAAUAUGAAAAUAAGGAUUUGAGGCUUGUGCCCUCAGGGGAUAGAGGUGAGGUCUCCAAUGAGUUGUUGUUUUUUGUUUUGUUUUGUUUUGUUUUUUGCCAUUAAAGCCCUAGGUACAGUUAGCCUAAGUGUUGGAUUAUAAAAAUGAUAAAAUAUCUUUAUGAAACAGACUAACCACCACACAAUUAAAAGGAGGAAAAAAUACAAAACAUUUGGAUUCACAUUAAUAUGCUUUAUUGAAUAUCAUUGUUUUUUAAUCCAAUAAACACUCAGAUCCUGGUAACUUUUCACCCUUAAAUCUCCAUUAUUUAUAUUGUGUUUGCUUCACAGAAUAUGACAUUAUGUAAAUUUAAAAUAAAGAAAGCCAUCACAGUGUCAGACACAAAAUGAAUCUUCAUGAGUGUUUUUGGUCACUGGUUACAACAUUUUCUGUCCAUAAUUGGAAAACAGUUGUUCUCCAAAUUGUUUGCCUGAAAUUAACCUUUAUGUUUCUAUAGACACUAUCAUAUUGCAUCAAAUCAAAUCAAAAGCAUGCACCAUGCUUGGCUUUGUCAUUUUAUAGGUUGCUUUCUUAACCACUUAUUAAUUCAAAUCCAACAAAUGCAUUUUGUGUAGAUAUGGCCUGAAGCUCAUCACACUGAUUUAGAUUCUCUUACCACCACAUCACAUGGACAGCAGGGAAAUUAUAUUCCAUCUUCCAUAUUUCUUUUUCCUGGAACUGGUUGUUUGAAGACAUAAUUGGAUUUGUCUGAAAAAUUUGUCUGAAUUUGUCUGGAAAAUGCUGGGGGUGUUAGCUACAUAUGAAUUAGCAGUGUGAUGUGGCAGUCAAAAAAAGUUAAUGUGAUCUUGGGCUACAGUGAGAGGUAUAUCUUCCAGGAAUAAGAAAAUGAUAGUUCCUAUACAUUCUGCCCUAGUCAGAUUACAUUUGUAGAAUGUGGGCUGUUUGAGAUUCUAUAUAAGAAGAACAGUGGUAAGUUGGAGGGUAUCUAAAAGAUGGCAACCACUAUGAUGAAGGACCUUGAAGCCAUGUCAUAUAUGUCAUAUUCAAAAGAAUUGGGCUCAGGAGCAAGUGAGUGAAAGACUAUAUUGAAGAAAAGGAAUUAUAUUUGCUGUUUGCCUCCAGGUGGCAGAACCAGUAGCAAUAAGGAAAAGUUACAGAAAGGCAAAUUUAAACUGGAUAACAGGAAGAACUUCCUAAUUAGAGCUGUUCAAGAGUGGAAUGAGGUACCCCUAGAAGUAGUAGGUUCUCCCCUCACUGGAGAUAUUCAAAAGCAGUGACUGGAUUACCAUUUGUACUCUAAUGAGGAUUCCUUUCCAGGUAUGGGCUAGGCUAAACAGCUAGUGCGGUCCUAAACUCUAAAAUUCUCUGAUUCUGGAAAUGGUCCUCUGAGAGUAAGGCAGGCACUCUGGCAAACUACAGUCUCUCUUUCCAUGUCUGAGAACAUUUUCCAGGUAAUGAAGCAAACAUUUAUUUACUAGGGCUACAUGAGAACUGAAAAUGAACACAAUUUCCAAGAGUACCUUAUCAAGGUGUGACUUAGUCACUCAGGAAACCAGAUGAUAACAUUGUAAUUAAGUCAAAGGAAUACUCACCCCUUCAAUUCAUUUGUGAUCAAUUUCCACAAGGACAGACUAUAUCCAAAAAAGCAUUUAUUUAACACCUAUUAUGUGUAGAAUACAAUCCAGGUGCUGGGUAUACAAAGGCAAAAUUUAAAACAAUUUCUACAAUCCAGGAGCUCAGUUCUAGCUGGGGUAUAUAUUACAACUUUUCUAUCUAAUCUAAUAGAACAUUUAUCAAGUACCUCCUACAUAAAAGACAUGUACUAUGCACAAAGGAAAUAAAAGCAAAGUAAAAAAUGGUUUCUGCUCUGAAGGAGCUUAUUUUUUACUUGGGGCAUAUAUUAGGACUCUUUCCAAUCCAAAAGCACAUAUUGUACAUAUACUAAGUUCAAGGCACUGUCCUAGACACCAGGAGUACUCUCAUUUGGAAAAAAAAAGCCAAAUGUUUUCCACAGUAUACAAAAUCCUGGGGGUUAUGAAUUGGAUUUUUCUACCAAAGAUAAAAUUAUUAAAGCAAUAAUGUGUUCCUAGAAGUUUAAAAGGAGUAAUUUGGGGAUUUUUUAUUAACUAUUUCACAUGGUAAGCAGCAUUAUCUGAAAAGUGUCAUGGGAUAAAAAUAUAAGUAAAUUCAAGAAACAUUUAAAUGAAAUUCAAGGAUGAAAAGACCAUAAGUAGAUUUUUAAAGACAUAUGGUUAUGUUGUAGGCACAGACCUCAACUUAUGAGGUAGAUGUCAUGCUUUCUAUCGAAAUAUAUAUUGGUACUUUUGUCAAAGAUCAGACACUGAGCUGCAUGCAUGAACAUAGCAUUUUGUACAUGGUUGAGUUGGUUUGGUUUUGUUUGGGAUUCUUGGUGUGUUGUCUCAUUCUCUAAAACUUUAUUUUUAAGCCUAGAUUUAGUAUGACUUUACAAUAUGAUUGAUUACUCUUAUAAACUAUUGGGGUUCUUUGAAUGCAUCAAAUAUGACCCAUAUGUUUUGUUACUGAAAUAUUAAAGGCACUAUUCCCCUAAA